AUGAAACCCCCAGGAGGAGACUCCAGCAACCUCUUUGGAGGUCCAGAAGAAGCCAUUCCCUCCAGUAGGCCCAAUAGGAUGGCAUCUAAUAUCUUUGGACCAACUGAAGAGCCUCAGAACAUCCCCAAGAGGACAAAUCCCCCAGGUGGAAAAGGAAGUGGCAUAUUUGGUGAGUCUACGCCUGUCCAGACCCGACAGCGUCUGAACCCACCUGGUGGGAAAACCAGCAACAUUUUUGGGUCCCCCGUUGUUUCCACAUCACCGUCAGCACAUCCAAACAAGCCCAAGGACCAUGUUUUGUUACGUGAAGGAGAAGACCCCAAACUAGACCUUCCAGCCACGGCAAGCAGCCCCUCGCGAGAAGGACUGGGGGAGAAAGGUGAUAAGAGAGAAUCUGAACCCACCAAGCAGCAGGAGCCCAUGACCAAGGUUGACAGCCACGAGCCUCGCUUGGGGCCAAGGCCUCGCUCUCACAACAAAGUCCUGAACCCCCCUGGAGGCAAGUCUAGCAUCUCCUUCUACUGA